UAGCACAUCUUUCCAAGUCUUCCAAGUCUUCCAAGUCCUAUAUAAUGCCCACCUGCCGACCACUGUAUUCUUAACCUCACCCACAUAUCAAAAUAUCAUCUUUUAUUAGAUCCAUUUGUACUCCAUUCCUUAGGCUUUACAAUGUGGGGAAGAAUCCCAAUACCAAUACCAAUACCAUUGUUAUGCACACUUCUCCUGUGUUUCCUGCUCACACAAUGCAAAGCACUUGCAUUAGCUACCAAAUUUUACAGUGGUGGGCUAAGCAGAAAGAGCUUCCCCAAGGGUUUUGUUUUCGGCACCGCAACGUCAGCUUACCAAGUUGAAGGCAUGGCUCACAAGGACGGCCGGGGCCCUAGCAUUUGGGAUGAAUUCGUCAAAAAGCCUGGGAUUAUAGCUAAUAACGCAACUGCUGAGGUCUCUGUGGAUCAAUAUCAUCGGUACAAGGAAGAUGUUGAUAUAAUGGCAAACCUAAACAUGGAUGCAUACCGUUUCUCAAUCUCAUGGUCUCGGAUUUUCCCAAAGGGUGCUGGUGAAGUAAACUGGAAGGGGGUCGCUUAUUAUAAUAGACUAAUUGAUUAUUUGAUUGAACGAGGCAUAACUCCAUAUGCAAACCUCUACCAUUAUGAUCUCCCUCUAGCGCUGGAGCGGAAGUACAAGGGCUUGCUUAGCCCAAGAGUUGUGAAAGAUUUUGGUGACUAUGCAGAGUUCUGUUUCAAGACAUAUGGAGACAGAGUAAAGAACUGGAUGACUUUCAAUGAGCCAAGAGUUAUAGCUGCACUUGGUUAUAAUGAUGGUUUUCAUGCUCCUGGAAGAUGCUCCAAAGAAUAUGGUAACUGUACAGAAGGUAAUUCAGGUACAGAGCCAUAUAUUGCGGCUCACCAUUUGAUUUUGUCUCAUGCUGAAGCAGUUCAAAGAUACCGCCAAAAAUAUCUAGCGAAACAAAAGGGAAGAAUUGGUAUUUUGCUGGACUUCGUGUGGUAUGAACCACUUACAAGAGGAAAGAAAGACAAUUAUGCAGCUCAAAGAGCACGCGACUUCCAUAUUGGAUGGUUUAUCCAUCCAAUUGUGUAUGGUGAAUAUCCAAAGACAAUGCAAGACAUAGUGAAAGACAGACUACCAAAAUUCACAACGGAAGAGGUGAAGAUGGUUAAGGGCUCCAUGGAUUUCGUGGGUAUCAACCAAUAUACAACUUAUUACAUGUAUAAUCAACAGAUCAACAAGACAAAACCCCCAGGAUACCAACAGGACUGGCAUGCGGGAUUUAAUUUUAGUAAAAACGGUGUCCAAAUUGGUCCAAGGGCAAACUCUUACUGGCUUUAUGAGGUACCAUGGGGCCUAUACAAGGCAAUAAACUACAUAAAGGAGCGCUAUGGCAAUCCCACUAUGAUUCUGUCUGAAAAUGGUAUGGAUGACCCAGGUAAUGUGACCCUUGCAGAAGGAUUGCAUGAUAUAAAAAGAAUACAUUACUACAGAAGCUACUUGGUUGCACUGAAAAAGACCAUUGAUGAGGGAGCAAAUGUUAUUGGUUACUUUGCAUGGUCGUUAGUCGACAAUUUCGAAUGGAGAUUGGGAUAUACUUCACGAUUUGGUAUAGUUUAUGUUGAUUACAAAGACCUUAAGAGGUACCCUAAGAUGUCUGCUAAUUGGUUCAAGUACAUGCUACGUAGACAAUAGAGUCGCUCAAACGUGGUCAUAUGAUACAUGACAAUUUCUAUGUAAAAUUUUAAUGCUUUUAAAUCAGUACUUCUACAAUGUUUGAAAUCAUCAAGUUAAUUUUUUUU